UCAAAACAAGCUACUCUUCAUCCAUACAAAACCACUCUUAGAAGAAGAAGAAGAGGAUAAGGAAAAAAAAGCAAGUCUUUUCCAGGAGUCACAUUAUCAGAAGCCAUUUUUACCUUCUCCCAUAACGCCUCGCCUCGCCUCGGCAAGCCACUCUCACUCAAAGGCCUUUCCCGCAGGCGGAGCGGCUUGGCUCGACUGACCCCGAUGCUUCCCCCGAUGCAGGAACUUCGUCCUUGGCCACACCCUGGCCCUCCGAAUGCAACCUCACACACUGCGGAGUACCACUCCAUCCUCUACAUCGUAAUAUACCCUUCCUUCCCCGCAAUCCCCGGAUUUGCAGCAAGUCCACAAGUAGGGUUUGGGAAGGAACCACCUCCCUAUCCAGGUUCCCAGCAGAGCCGAUCACCCAGCAACCGUUGUGCCGUGCCGUGCCUGGCAAAAUUCUUGAAAGGGGUGUGGGGCCUCGAAUGUCAUGAUCUCAUGAAGGUUAAGGAGGGAGGAUGUGACGAGGUUGUAUCUCAUGUAGGCGCGUUCCCUUGUCAUAAAACGGUUGACCUGAGAUGAACCGCUCCUCUCUUGGAUUAUGGAUAGAACUGCUAGUCACCACUGGGGUUUACCUACAUCAAGCUUCCCCGCAACUUUAAGCCAGUGUCACAUCGGUUGAGAUGCCUCCAUGUCCGAGUUGGCCUUGUGAUCGGCCGAAAUUGUGCGGGCCAGAACGGAGGAAGGUGCUGGCGUUAUAUGCGCUCGUGUUAAUCGACCAGGCUCUUAGCGUGUUAUACUCACGUCUCCGCCGUUUGCGAGCGACUACCUAGGUAGGCGGGUUCAAGCG